AGGGAGAUUAUGUGCCGGGGCUCGUCGCACAGGGAUUCGUCGCGUCGUGAGCCUCGCGCUGCUACAAUGCAAUGAGCUGUAAUCAGAAGACCUCAACCAUCCUGAAAGCGGCAACAGUGUAUCUGGGUGGGCAGGGCAAGAAGAGCUUGGGCAGCCGGGCCUCGGCGAUCUUCGCUGGGGAGGUCCCCGACGACGACAGGGCCGAUUCCUUUCUCGCCGAAAGGUCCUUCCUUCCGGUGGGUCGCGCCGCCGGGCUUUUCCCGUCGGAGCUAGCGGAGAUAACUGACAGGAAGCCGCCGGUGGUGAAGAGGAGCGAUCCUCCGGCUUUGGAGCAGCAGCAGCAUGGGAAAAAGCAGCAGCCGGAGAGCAAGGACGAUGUUCCGGUGGAGAUUUUAGGACUUCCAGAGGCCGAGGGGGUGAGGACCGAUCGGGACGAGCAGGCUAGCGAGUGCUCGAGCUCGUUUGGAUUCAGCGACGCCACUUCCGGGGACGAGGCAAACACCAACAACGCCAGUGAAGUAGACUCCGCUGCGAGGGAUGGCAAUGGAGCGCUGGAGACUGACAGGAGGAGGCCCCUGAAUAUGGACUGGAAAAACUAUAGACGUGGUAUUGAGUGGAGAUGUCGGUGGCUUGAUAUUCGUCUUAUGGAGUUGCAGAGGCAGGCUACAAAGUAUGACGAGGUUCUCUCGGGGAUCCAGAAGGCCAAGCCAUGGGACGGGAGGACGGAGCCCGACGGUGCAGCGAGAGCAGCGCCUGUGCGGGAAGAGCGGCCCGCGCAGCCGCUCCUCCAUCGCCAAAGGCGCAGGAAGGUGGAGGAGACUGUGGAUGUGGCCGACUACAUGUCAAAGCAUCCUUUAUUUCAAAGAUACGAGAAGAAGAAGCGAGAGUAUGAGGGGGAACAACACAAGGAGCCAAACGAUUGUACGCUGGCGGCAGAAGGCGCAAUGGUGAGGCUAGAUCCGCCGCCUGCCGAUGAAGCAAACGAAGACUCGGUAGAAAACAUCAUGCUCAAGGUGGAGACGUUGCAAGCACGGGUGGUCCGGCUGAGAAACCAGCUCCGGGGCUCGAUGUCGCACAAACUGCCUGGCCAGGUAGCCAGAGCAGGCGGAGGUGGCGGCGGCGCAGCGCGAGCUCCAGCGGCCAAGGCGGCUGCCGUCAGCCGUCUGACGAAGGCUGCUCCGAGCGGCCAUCCUGUAUCGCCAGCCGCGGUGAAAGGCGGGCAGGCUGCCCGAAGGCGGGCCUCGGACUACGAUAUCAACAACGUGGUGAUGCCUGUCAGCGUGGGUGCCAAGUACGUGCAACAUGUGAGACAUGCCAACAUCGAGACACCUCAGUGGCGGCUGGCCGAGAAGUCCGAAAUGUGUGAAGAAGAUAACUCGGAUGACGAGGAUACCGAUGAUGAAACUUACAAGAGCCGUCACGCGCCUUUGGAAGCGCAGGAGAGGCUUCAUCGCUACGGGCCACGGACUAACAAAAGGCCCCCGGAAGGGGAGAAGUUGAGCGCCAGAGGUAGCGGCUCGCACCAGAUGCCUCAGUGUAGCUUGUCAGCACAAUUUAGCGAAGGGUGAAUGAAAAUCGAGCAAGCAAGCAAGCGAUUGUACAUUGCAAGCAGCAGCAGCAGCAGCAGCAGCAGCAGCACUAGAGAGAGUGGGAACGGAUUGAUUCCCUCCUGGUUGAUGCUCGUCAGCAGCAAGCAGGUUAACCAGACAAAACUAAUCUCCUCGAUUCCAAUUCAAGGCCUGCAUUUUGUGUAGAUGGUGCAGGAGGAAGGCAAAAGACAAAAUUUAUUCAAAAUCAGAGAGACCAGAAGGAAAGCAGCUGAUAAAAAACAGGUGUGACUCUUGGAUGCGGCUCAUAGGAGUUGUGUUUUGGUAUAAAUAAAAUAUGAGAGAGAAAAAAAUCUCUUUUUUUGACCAUUAUGAUCAAUUUAUAUGAAAAGUUUCUCAAUAUCUUUGAUAAACUAAUGAAGGCAUGGCGCGCGGCUAUCUGGCUGAUCCGGAGGGUCAUGGUACCUGUGUCCGUCAAGAUCGCCAGCCCUCGCAACUGGAUUUGGCCAGUGGCUGCUGCUCGGCAUUUCCCGCUCUACGCUGCUGCUAGUGGGCCUCUACUUCGUAGUCGCCAAGAACGAUUUUCUCGAUGCCGUCGUGCCCAACCCGCUCACCGGCUACUUCAUCUUCGUUGAAUGAUAGACUUGCAAGUGUUAUUCCAGAUACGUCCUCCUCAUAAAUGAACAUCAGGCAAUUUACGAUC